AUGCGUCACGCGGGAUACACGAAAGUUAUGUCGGAGAUUUUAGUUUACCGCGUUUCCGUCAAAUCCGGAGAAGCGUUCAAAUUGGAAUGUAAAGUUUCGCAUCAGGACAACAUAAUUUAUUACUGGAAUCAAAACGACACGAGAUUAAAUAAUUCCAGUAGGAAAAAACAAAUCGGUAGUAAUUUACACGUGACGAGAGCGGAUCGUUUGCAAGAUUUUGGACAAUAUUGUUGCAUUGCCGAAAACGUCACGUCUGGAUAUUCCAUAACGAGCAGAAUAGCAAACGUCGAAGUGAUAUGGCUGGGAAAAAAUGCGACGGUUCAACUUCAACAUCCGACAUCGGAAAAAGAAAUAGUGAAUGGACAAGACAUAACUUUAAAAUGUCUGGUAGAAGGAAAUGGUGAAAUCAAGUACGACUGGUUCAGAGAGAGAGAGAUGAUAAAUAAUGAACAUUUGGUAAAGUUUAAAGGGAAAAAAAUUCACGUCAAAGAUGUUUCGCCGUCGAAUAAUGGAGUGUAUCGUUGUGUCGCGCACAACGAUGCAGGUACAGCUGAAAGUUUUAAAAAUUUCAUUUUGAAAACUUCCGGCGUUUUAUAUCCUCGAAUUAAAAUCCCACCGAAAGAUGUUCUCGUUAAAAAAGGAUCGAAUGUUAUGUUUGACUGUUUGUUUGAUGAUUCCGUCAAAACAAAAUGGUUGUUCAACAACGAAGAACUCGAAAAAAACGAUUCAAAGAGGGAAAUUUUAAAAAAUGGAACUCUCGUACUAAAAAAUGUUGAUUUUACCGACGAGGGUUUUUAUUCAUGUCAAGGAAUCAAUAAAAUCGAUGAAACAAAUAAAAAAAUACAAACUUAUUCUGCCAAGUUAAAAUUGAUCGAACCGAUUCCUAUGCAAUCGGGUCGCAUUCUAGUGACACGAGAAAUGAGACCUUUUGAAGUGACUUGUUACGCACCGAAAUCCCUUCCCCCGGCAAAAGUUUGGUGGGAAAAUGAAAAGGGUAAAAUCGUGUCAUUGUCCGAUACGAUUCGGUCAAAUUUAUUAUUUAAAACUCCAAGAGGUGAUACGGAUAGCGGAAAGUACACGUGUUUUGCUGAAAAUUUAUCUGGAAAAACUAACACGACCAUUCAAUUGAUAGUUUCUGUAUCUCCGGUUAUAUCGCACGAAACAAAACAUUUAACCGUUGACGAAGAUGAUCCUUUCACUCUUCACUGUUCUUUCAAAGGCACACCUUUCCCUGCAUCGACCAUAAGAUGGAAAAAGGACAAAAAAUAUAUUAAUCACGGGAGGAUGGUGAUUAGUAAAACAAAUGAAUCUUUAACGAUUCGUCAAGCGCAACCAUCUGAUCGGGGAAUUUAUUCUUGCGAAGUUAACACAACCGGAUUCAAACCCGUGGAUUCAAAAACAUACGAUGUGAAAAUCAUCGAAAAACUCAAAUUCAUACCUCGACCGGUUUCGAAAAAAUUAGAAUUGGGUGAAGUUGCUAAAAUACCCUGUAAAGCUCAAGGCUCACCCACGCCAAACGUUCGGUGGAUAAAAGAAAACGUUUUCGACGAAGCACUUCCGGCACACGUUCACGAUAUAAAUGGAACGCUUCAUUUCGAUAUCGUCUACACGACGGAUAAAGGAAAAUAUUUAUGUAUAGCAAGCAGUAGUCAAGGAAGUAUAAAUGCUUCUGUAGAAAUUGAUGUCAUAGUGGCGCCGAGAUUUAAAAUAAAACCUCAAAAUCCUACAGAAGUUGCCGAAGGGUAUUCGAUAAUGCUUCAUUGUAUGGCAACGGGAGAUCCGAUCCCGACGAUAAAAUGGGAUAAAAACGGUGAAAUGAUCGUUUUGGACACGGAAAGAUUUGAAUUUUUUGAAAACGGAAGUUUACUACUGCGUUACGUCAGAGAGGGAGACAAAGGUAUUUACGGUUGCACCGCCGGAAAUAGUGGAGGAUUAAAAAGAGAAGAAGCGUUAUUAGUAGUCAAAGAUAAGUAUCAACCGAAUGAAAAUUCAGAAUCGGAUGAUUCCAUGAUGACAAAAACUGUCACAAUAACAUUAUCGGCAGCAGCCGCUUACAUGAUAUUGGUGAUUGGUCUUAUGGUGUGGUGCAGGUACAGGAGAAGAAAAAGAAAAGAAGCUUAUUUGAAUGCGAGUCCCGAAAAUAUUUUGCUGGCAAAGACUGAAAAUGGGGAUGCUUUGGCCCAAGAAGGUGAAAAGGAAAAAAAUUGCGAAAUCAAACAUGAAAAUGGUCGGAAAAGUGAUGGAACUGAAACGACUCAUUCGCAAAGUUCUAGUCAUAGCAAACGUUCUUCAAAAUCUAAUCAAUAUGAAAAACUUUCUUUCUCAAGGCAAAAUUUAAAUGAUUUAAGACUUAUAGGUACUGAAAAUUUAUCUUCACCAGUAAUUGUUAAAGCUUUACUAAAUGUUAAAAAUGAAAAUGCUUUAAUCGAAUUCAAAAGAGAGACUGAUAUGUUUUUUAGACUUUCACAUGAAAAUGUUGCCAAAAUUUAUGGCUUGUGCAGAGAUGCUGAGCCUCAUUACAUGGUUUUAGAAUACACAGACUGGGGAGAACUGAAACACUUUCUUCAGACAACUAAAAAAGAAAGAAGUAAAUUAUCAAUAAGUCAAAUAUUAGAUUUAGCAAAACAGAUAAGUAUUGGCAUGGAACAUUUGUCGAAUGCCCGAUUUAUUCAUAAAGAUUUAGCAGCUAGAAACUGCAUAUUAACAUCAAAUUUUAAAGUUAAAGUUUCCCUUAUCGGAUUAUCAAAAGAUUACAAUCACACAAUAUCUUUCAAAACAUAUUUUCAGUUGCUACCCAUAAGAUGGCAGCCGUUUGAAGCCAUUUUCGAAGAUGAUUACUCGACAAAAUCAGAUGUUUAUUCAUUUGGUGCAUUGUGUUGGGAAUUAUUUAAUCAGGGCGAACAACCAUUUUUUGGCAUUCCUGAUUCUACUGUAACUGAAAAAUUACAAAGUCAGGAAUUGAAAUUAUUGCCGCCAAAAAAUGCACCGCCUAAAAUUUCAAAUAUUUUAAAUAAUUGCACAUCUUAUAAUCCUAGAGAACGGCCAACAUUUAGCAGCAUAGCCAUUUCACUAGAAGAAGCUUUGAAAGAUAUUUAA